AUGUCUUUGGGUCACGCCAAAAUGGACGUCUACUCGAUAGUAGAUCCCGAAACCAAUUUCGUAUACGAUAAAUUAAUCCUGGAUCAUAACAGAAUGUUGGGAGAGAAAACUUUGGAGGAAACCAUCGAAAAUGAUUUGGAAUGGUUCGAAACUUUAGACGACUAUCAACAAAUUAACCUUACCUUAGGAUUGAUAAGGAUAUCAGGAGGAAAUGUUAAAAGAAAUUUGUACAUACCUCUGUACAGGAUCUACAUAAAAUCAAUAUGUGAGUUGCAUUGUAAACAAUUCCCGAAGAGUGGUAAAUCAACGGUUGUACUCGAGGAACCACCACAAGAAAAUUCCCAAAUUUACGAUCCCAAACACCCAGACACCAUCGAAGUGGAAAAACAAAGAAAAAAAUGGUUCGAUUUAAUACAAAAAUAUAAACAAGAAGUUAUGCAAGAAACAAGCAAGAAAAAAAAUAAAGACAAGAAAAAAACGAAGGAAAAGAAAAAGAAAGCUACAAAGUCCAGUAAAAAAGAAAAAGAUAAAGGGAAAGAUCUAAUCCAGCUUCUACCAAUUUGGAUUGUUAAAAAAAUUUUCGGUUACAUCGAUACCAAAAUUCUAGUUAAACUAAAGCAGGUCAACAGUUACUGGGCUUUCGUGAUAUCCGAAUUGAUUAAAGAAAAAAAUGCUAGGCAAAAACUCGAUGCCGCUCUGGAUAAAAUGAAAGCUGCUAUGGACCCAGAAGUUUUCGAAAGAGCCGAACAACAACCCGAAGAACAACAAUCCAAACCUAUUGGAAAAAAAGUUUUCUACGAAUUGGGAGCUAUAGAUAAAAAAAUAGUUCCUAAAAACCUCAAAGGAUUAGUCGACGCUGGUAUAGAUACAGAUGCAGCUAAAGCACGCGUUGAUGAAUAUAAUAUGAUUACGGGAGAAUGGGUGCAUUUUCCAAGGUUCAUAAAGGAAGAUUUGGAAUUGUAUAGAUUUAGACCUGGAUUUUUGCAAGACGUUGGUGUUGAGUUCGACAUUGUGAAUGAAAUUGAAAGGCAAAAAUCCUUUCUCACUUACUCGUUAUCGAAAUCUGUUUGCAGUUUGAAGAUUUCUAUAAAACCUGAGAUGCUAGAUGAAUGGUAA